CAACCUUUUGAUACAGACUUCAAACUCAACCAUGAGAUUUCAAUCCAUACAACUUAUCAAUGGGAAGCACCCAUCAGGAAACACUAAAAUAAGUGUUACCCUGCUUUCAUUUGCUUUGAUUCUUAUCAUGUCUCCAUUUUUUCUCAUGAAAUACCCACAUCAAUCAUCAUCUCCUAAGAUUUAUCCUAGCAAUUUGAAUUUGAACCUGAACCACCCAGAUAUAAAAGGAUAUUGCAACAUCUUCUCUGGAGAAUGGGUUCCUUAUAGUAAAGGACCUUAUUAUUAUAAUGAGACUUGCCAUUAUCUAAUAGACCAGCAGAAUUGCAUAAAGUUUGGGAGACCUGACAGAGACUUCCUCAAAUGGAGGUGGCAACCUUAUGAAUGUGAGCUCCCACCAUUUGAUGCAACUCAUUUCUUGAAGCUUGUAAGAGGAAAGUCUAUGGCCUUUCUUGGAGACUCGGUGGGAAGAAACCAGAUGAAUUCAUUGUUGUGCCUCCUAAAUCAAGUUGCUGGUCCUGAGGACAUUUCAAAGAGAUACACAACAGAUGCCAUUUAUUUCCGAAGGUGGUUCUAUCCUGAUUACAAUUUCACCCUCGCAACACUCUGGUCCCCAUUCUUAGUGAAAGCCACUGAUGCUGACCUUAAUGGUCAUUCCAACACCAGCCUCAUGCACUUGCAUCUUGAUAAGGCAGAUGAAGCAUGGGUCAGUGAGAUUGAGAAUUUUGAUUUUGUCAUCAUCUCAGCUGGCCAAUGGUUCUUCAGGCCACUUGUGUUCAUUGAAAAUAAUGGCCAAAUUGUUGGGUGCCACAAAUGUGGACAAAAUGACAUAAAACCUCUCACUCACUACUAUGGAUACAGCAAAGCAUUCAGAACUACAUUCAGAACAAUUGUGAAUCUCAAAAGGUAUAAAGGGGUGACAAUUUUAAGAACAUUCUCUCCAGCACACUUUGAAAAUGGUGAUUGGAACAAAGGUGGGAGUUGUGAGAGGACAAAGCCUUAUACAAAAGAAGAAGUGAAUUUUGAUGGGUAUAUUUUUGAGACAUAUAGGACUCAAGUGGAGGAAUUUAGAAAAGCAGAGAAGAGAGCAAGGAAGAAGGGUUUGAAGUUUCUGAUGAUGAAUGUAACUGAGAUUAUGCUUAGGAGGCCUGAUGGACAUCCUAAUAACUUUGUGUAUGGACAUUCUAAGGACAAAAAUGUGACAUUUAAUGAUUGUGUUCAUUGGUGCUUGCCUGGCCCUAUUGACACAUGGAAUGAGUUUUUGCUCUACAUGUUGAAAAUGGAAAGUCAGAAACCUUUGGUUUCAACUUUACAGAGAUUUGUCUAGAACCAAAAAAAAAUCAGAUUAGCCAUGUUGACAUUUGAACAAAAUAGUGAUAAUGUUGGCACGAGAUUGUUCAAGUUUAAGCAGAUGUUUGAGUUUAAGUCACUGGAAUGCACUUACGGUAAAUACUUGAGUUUUAAUAUGUAGAGUUUACCGCUAACUUAAAUAAGAUUGUCUUUUUCUAGGAUUUUUUUCCCACAACUGUAAUUCUUUCCGGUAUAAACAAAAAAGGAGACAGGGAGGGGCAAGCCAAAUGUAGUUUGGCAACUAUUGAUUCAUUGAAACUAGAAUGGAAGUUUGAUUUGUGGAUACAUAUGCAUUUGUUAUGUCUUGAUUUUUAAAUAUAAUUGGUCUAUUUUUCAGGCCCAAAUUUCCCCGACUUAUCUUGGGCUGGAUCCGUUUGAGACCCUGCAGGUCUGUUUGGAAUGGCAUACUUGGCAAGUU